AUGUUUGAGCAUAAAGGUGGAUAGUUGUAAUCCAAAGAAGUGUCAUUCUAUUAUGAAUUGCUUCCCCAUAUUAAUAUACAACAAAAAACGUGUUGGGCAAUUGCCAUCAACUAAGAGGAUAAAUUGUUACUCUCUGGAGCUGAAUCCAAUAUUAAUAUUAUGUAGCUCAAAGAGGGAGCAGUAAAAAAGAUUCAAACUAUUUAAAAACAUAAAUCCUGGAUAACUACUCUCAAUUUCUUUAAGUAAAUGUCUUUAAUUAUCUCUGGAUCGUCUAGUCUUAAAAUAUGGUCUUCAAAUCUAUCAUCAAAUCCUAAAUUUCUUUUGAAAUUGUUGGAGCAUUCCUCAAAUAUUUAGUGCUUAGCACUUCGUAAUAUUAAACCUUUGGUUAUAAUUAGCGGUUCAAAAGACUUUAAUAUAAAGUUUUGGUGCUAAAAAGAUGAUUAAUGGAUUUGUUAAUAAACAAUAAGAGAGCACUCAAACAUUGUCUCUGGAUUAUCUUUAAAUCAAGAAGGAAAUUCUUUAAUUUCUUGUGGAGAUGAUAAUCAAAUACUAGUAAUAAAAUGUUUAGAUGAUCAGAGUUGGAAUGUCGUAUAAAAAAUAAAAUGUCAUGGAGUCAGAUUGUCUUUCAUAUCUAAUGAGACCUUUGCUUUUUAACCAUGGUAGUCAGAUAAAAUAGAACUUUAUACAUAUGAACAGUAAACAGGCAAUUAUCAGAAAAGUAAGGAACUUGCAAUUUCAGGUUGUACAUAAUUCUGCACACAUUUAUUUCCAUGCAGCUUUAUACCCUCAAAGCACAUCUUGCUCUCAAAAAAUAGUUAUAAUUUGAAUUUAAUCAGAUUAAAUACUACUUCUUCAAUUCCUGAUGGCAAAUUAGUUUAGGUAAUUGAAUUCAAAUAACUGGCUCGGUACUAUAUUUGGUACAAUAAGUGAAAAUGGAGACUUUUUGAUUACAUGGGACGGCUAAUCGAAACAAAUACAAAUCAGAAAAUUCAAGGAAAUUUAUAAAUAAAGGACUACAUAAAAUUCCAAAAUUUGCACAAUUUUUUGA